AUGGUGGUCCUGAGGGUCCCUGGGGCCCCGGGGAUGGCAGCUCUCAUGAUGUCCUUGAUGAUGCUGAGCUCCCCUUUGGUUCAGAGCAGAGACACCCCAGAGCUUUACCUCUACCAGAGGCGGAGUGUCUGCUACGAGUUGAACGGGACACACCGCUUCCUGGAACAAUACGUGUACAACAGAGAGCUGUUCGUCCAGUUCGACAGUGACAGCGCCGCGGGGGUGUUUGUGGCGGAGUCUGAGCUGGGCCGAGAAACUGCCAAGAACUGGAACAUCCAGAAGGAGUUCCUGGAGCUGAGACGGAGCGCCGUGGACACGGUGUGCAAGCACAACUUCGAGCUGGACGAGGGUUUCACGCUGCAGCGCAGAGUCCAGCCUAACGUGAACGUCUCCCCCUCCAAGAAGGGGCACCUGCAGCACCACAACCUGCUUGUUUGCCAUGUGUCAGAUUUCUAUCCCGGCCACAUUCAAGUCCGCUGGUUCCUGAAUGGACAGGAGGAAACAGCUGGGGUUUUAUCCACUAACCCGAUCCAUAAUGGAGACUGGACCUUCCAGAUGCUGGUGAUGCUGGAAAUGACCCCCCAGCAGGGAGAUGUCUACACCUGCCAGGUGGAGCACCCCAGCCUGGACGGUCCUGUCACCGUGGAGUGA